AUGGUGGUGUUCAUUGAUGACAUGUUAGUCGAUUCAAAGAGCUCAGUAGAGUAUGAGGCUCAUAUGAGAUUAGUUCUUCAGGAGAGAAUCAAAGCGGCUCAGAAGGAAGACGUAGAGCUGAUAGAGGUUAUGGAAGGAGUUCAGAAUGGUUUAAAGCCAAAUUUCAAUAUCUCAAGUGAUGGGGCCACCUCUGCGACCACAGUGUUGGCUGUUGCCUCAGCCUGUGCUUUUAGCAUGCUGAUCCUCUCAACAUUGGUUGGUGCCAUGGUCACUUAUCAAAGCUUUCCAAAUCCCACAACAAAGGACUUGUCUGUUGUUUUCUUCAUAUUGUGCUUGGCUUCUUCUGGAUUAGGCAGCACACCUUCUUUCAAUGUGAUAGAUUAUGGAGCAGUAGGAGAUGGAAGGACAGAUGAUUCCCCUGCUUUUCUCAAGGCAUGGAAGGCUGCGUGCCAAGCUCCUUCGAACACUCCUACCCUCGUUGUCAUACCAGGGAAGAGGACAUUCUUGCUGAAGCCUGCGACCUUCAGCGGUCCGUGCAAGCCACCUCGCAUCACUUUUCGGGUUGAAGGAAACAUUGUAGCACCAAACCAAAAAGCAGCAUGGAAGGGGUUCCAUGUCAACACAUGGCUGGUCUUCUCCUCUGUGAAUGGACUCACUGUGAAUGGUGGAGGACAGUUCGAUGGUCAAGGGUCUGCCUGGUGGUCUCAGCUUUGCUCAAAUAAUGCACUCACAUUCAGAAGAUGCAACAACCUUAGGCUGAAUGGACUUAGGCAUACCAACAGCCAGAGAAACCACAUGACCAUAACUGCCUGCAAUGGAGCAGUCAUCUCAAACCUCAAUAUUACUGCACCCGGGACGAGCCCGAACACCGAUGGCAUCAACAUUGCCAGCUCCUCCAACAUUCAGAUCCGCAACUCUAUCAUUGCAACUGGGGAUGACUGCAUUGCCGUCAGUGGGGGAUCAUCCAAUAUCAAUAUCACUGGGAUUAGCUGUGGACCGGGUCACGGUAUUAGCAUUGGAUCGUUGGGGCAGGGAGGGUAUGACACGGUGGAAAAUGUAAACGUGCAAAACUGUACUUUGAUAGGAACCUUGACUGGAGUUAGAAUCAAGACAUGGCAGGGAGGCUCUGGGUAUGCCAGGAAGAUAUCCUUCAAGGGAAUUAAGCUUGUGGAGGUCAUUACUCCCAUAAUCAUUGACCAAUUUUACUGUCCAAGUCAAGUCAACUGCCAAAACAAGACGUCGGCGGUGAAGGUGAGCGACGUGUCAUACAGGGGAAUAGUAGGGACGUCAUCCAGUGCGGACAAGGUCAUCAAUCUAAGCUGCAGCCAGACCGUUGGAUGCACUGACAUCCAGCUUGAUCAUGUCUAUAUCAAGUCAACGGUUCCGGGGAAGAAAGCCCGCUCCUUCUGCUUCAACGCCUACGGUAGAGCCACCCACACCAAACCCAUUGUCCGCUGCCUCUCCAAAACCUAA